AUGGACGGGUCGUGGGAGCCGCCGCCGCCGCCGCCGUUCCGCAGCUUCUUCGCGGCCGAGGUCCGCGCGCUCCUGCGGGGCCGCGACGUGUCCACCAUCGAGGCGGAGCCGCCGCCGCCCGCUACCGGCCCGCAGCCCGGGGACCCACGCGGCUCCGCCACCUUCUUCCUGGACGCGGCUCGGUGCAGCCUGCUCGCGGACGGCCCAGGGCCCAGGGACCCGCGCGGCUCCACCGCCGCUGUCCCAGGUGCCGCCCAGGGCAGCCUGCGGAGGGACGACUUGGAGCUGAGAGACCCCCACGGCUCCACCACCUUCUUCCUGGAUGUAGCCCAAGGUAGCCUGCUUGGGGAUGACCCAGAGCCCAGGGACCCGUGCAGCUCCACCGCUGCUGUCCCAGGCGCGGCUCGAUGCAGCUUGCUCAUGGACUACCUGGGGCCCAGGGAGCCCCGUGGCUCUGCCGCUGCUGGCCCAGGCGCAGCCCAGGGCAGCUCGCUGAGGGACCCCCAUGGCUCCACCACCUUCUUCCUGGAGGUAGCUCGGCGCAACAUGCUUGGGGACGACCCGGAGCCCAGGGACCCGCGCGGCUCCACCACUGCCCUCCUGGACGCAGCCCAGGGCAGCGUGCUCGGGGAUGACCUGGAGCCCGGGGACCCGCGCAGCUCCACCACCGCCGUCCUGGACGCAGCCCAGGGCAGCGUGCUCGGGGAUGACCUGGAGCCCAGGGACCCGCGCAGCUCCACCACCGCCGUCCUGGACGCAGCCCAGGGCAGCGUGCUCGGGGAUGACCUGGAGCCCGGGGACCCGCGCAGCUCCACCACCGCCGUCCUGGACGCAGCCCAGGGCAGCGUGCUCGGGGAUGACCUGGAGCCCAGGGACCCGCGCAGCUCCACCACCGCCGUCCUGGACGCAGCCCAGGGCAGCCCCAGGGACCCGCGCAGCUCCACCACCGCCGUCCUGGGUAACCCAGUGGGGAAGGAGCCUGCUGGCAGCAGCGACACCACCAAGGGCAGGGCUCCAGCCAGGCCGAGGGUGGCGGCUUGCAGCAUCCCAACAGCGCUGCAGGGCCUGGCCCCUGCAUCCUGCAGCUCCCGCAGGGCCCUUGUGGGAAGAGGCUGUGCCUUGGCAGGGCAGCUGAGCCGUGUGUCCCUGAGCAGCCUCCGGCUCUCGCUGCAGCGGCCGGUUGUCACCAGGGACGUGCCUCUGGGAUCGCAGACCGAGGCCCAGCCUCCUGCGCAGGUCCCGGCCGGCACCGCGGCGAAGCAGAGCAGUGCCAGGCUGCUCGGCUUUGGGAAGUGUUCCACGGGCCUGCGGCCCCCGUCCAGGCUCCCGGGGCCAGGUGGUAGCAGAGCUGGUCCUGGGGGCUUGCAGGCUCCCGUGGGGAUGGAGCUACCUGGAUCCAGCAAAGGGGCUGGGGCUCCUGGGACUGGACUCCCGCCUCGCCCAGGUAGCAAGCGGCAGCUCGUGAAGCCAGGCACUGGCAACCCGCCACUCCCCGCUGGAGCCCCCCAGCCUCUGGGUGCCACAUCCAGCCCCCAGGACAGAGCUCCGGGAAUCAACACCACGUACUCUGCCAGCCACGUGCAAGCUGCUGCCAAGGCUGCCCAGAGCAGGCUGCCUCCGCGGAGGGCUGUUGCCGGGCCUGCGCUGGCCACAGCUGUGGCACCGCGCUCCCGACUGCGGCCGCCUGCCAAAGCCAGCGCCUCCCCCAGGAGCCUGCCUCCUUGCAAGCGAGUCCGGCUGGGCGAAGGUGAUGCUGCCCAGGGCCCCACGUGCAGGGGUCCCAUGGCUCUGCUCCGCCGCUCUCCCGAUGCGGCUCCUCGGGGCGUGGGUGCAGCUGCCCCCAUGCAGUCCCCAGGCAACCUGCUACACCGAGAGCUGGAGCAAGUGCAGAAUGAACUGGAGCUGGCACGGAGCGAGCUGCAGAGGGUCCAGAGGGAGCUAGAAGGAGCCAGGACUGAGCUAGUGGAGAAGGAUGCCCAGUGCCAGGCCUAUCGUAGGGUCAUUGCUGACCUCCAAGCUCAGCUGGGAGCAGCAGGCUCUGUGGCUGAAGGGUGCAGGCUCGAGGCAUGAUGGAGUCGUGGUGGAACGAUGGUGGCCGGAGGGCCCUGCCCAGUGCUUUCGCUUGCUGGCAGCUGCUGCUGCCCCUCGCCCAUGGCACAGCCUCAGUGCAGCCCUUGCAUCCUGCGCAGGGCCUGGGAACUGCUUUUACUAGUCGUAUUUAAUAAAGAUUAACGUUCUCUUCUUCCUG